ACUAAAAAUGCUUCUGCUCUCACCUUCUUCCAUUUUUGCUCCUCCAUCCACAAGCAGAAUAAGACCUUCGCCGAUCAAAUCUAUGGCAGUAAACAGAAGCAGCUCUGCUCCGGCGCAGCGGAGAAACGGCAUGUCAGCUCUCGAAGCUCGAAUCUCCCUUGUCAUCGCUCUCGCCUCCCAAACCUCUUCUCUUUCUCAAAAACUUCUGACGGAAUUGGCGAAUGAAACCGCGAAAUACGUGUUUCCGAAGAGGAUAUUCGAAAGUCGGAAUUUAGAGGAAGCUUUGAUGUCUGUGCCGGAUCUGGAGACAGUGAAAUUCAAGGUGUUGAAACUUACAGAUCAGUAUGAGAUAAGAGAAGUUGAGCCUUACUUUGUUGCCGAGGCUACAAUGCCUGGGAAGUCUGGGUUUGACUUAAAUGGUGCAUCUCAAUCCUUCAACACAUUGGCUGAGUACUUGUUUGGUAAGAACAUGAAGAAGGAGAGUAUGGCAAUGACGACACCCGUAAUCACUCGUAGAACUCAAUCUGAUGGGGAGAAAAUGGAAAUGACUACUCCAGUGAUAACUAAAAGGGCGGAAGAUCAGGAAAAGUGGAGGAUGUCCUUCGUCAUGCCCUCCAAGUAUGGUUCGGACUUGCCACUACCGAAGGAUUCCUCUGUAACUAUCAAAGAGGUGCCUCGGAAAACUGUCGCAGUUGUUGCUUUUUCAGGUUUUGUGAAUGACGAAGAAGUUAAAGCGCGAGAAUCAAGACUUCGAACUGCACUAAAGGGAGAUGCAGAGUUUCAGGUAAAAGAUGGUGCCUUGGUAGAAGUUGCACAGUAUAAUCCACCAUUUACUCUUCCUUUCACACGUCGGAAUGAGAUUAGCCUGGAAGUUGAAAGGAAACAGGAAUAGCUAGUCAGUGUGCUGUAUAUUGAGAUAAAUCUGUUCACUAAUGUAUAGAACUAGAAAAGCAAAACUUCGCCAGUAUUCAUUCUAGACGUAUAUAGCGUGUAUAUGUAUAUCAUAUUGUAUUAUACACCUUGUAUAUAUACAUUUCAGGCGAUUGUUUGACC